CUGGAUUCAUGUCAAAAUUCCAACUGAUAAACAUCUGUGUUGAAAAUUUGCAGAAAAUGGUGUUAAAAUUGGCGAUUGAGGACGAGAAAAGAAAGAGGAAAGCCCUUAAAGUGGUUGCAGUGGUGGAAGGGGUGGAUUCUGUGGCUGUGGACAUGAAGCAAAAAACGAUGACUGUAAUUGGGGAAGCAGACCCUUUGUUUAUUGCCUCAAGACUCAGGGAAUUCGGUUUUAAUUUUGUCGAACUGCAGAGCGUUGGGCCUGCUAAGGAGAGAAAUAAGGAAAAGAAAGAAGAGAAUAAAUCAGAGAACCCGACAACUGUGUAUGUUCCGAGGGUUUAUUAUGAUUACAGUUUGGAAAAUGAUGAACAAUGUUCUUCUAGAGAGAAGUUUGGAGAAAGCACACCCAGGCUAGAGAAGAGCUGCCACAUGAGCCGUCUUUCAUCACCAAGGUGGAAUUAAUAGGUGUAUCUAUGUACCGAUUCACCAAUGUAAAUCAGGAAGGAAUCAUGCGCAUCCUUACAAUGUGGGUGAUGCAUGUAUUACAAAUACAGAGAGUUUUGUUAUACAUACACAUUUGGUACUGAUUUAUUUUCAUUCUUUUUUUCAUGGACUGUUUUUUUUGUUGUCUAGAUGUCGUUUAUCCAAGGUUGUAUUCAAGGACUGUUGAUUGGGUGUUU